UGUGUAAUAACUGUUCAUAUACAGAAAUAUUGGAAUUCAAGGAGCAAGGUGGUGAUAAGGGAACUGUAACAAAACAAAAAAAGUUGCAUCAAAGAGAGGUAUGAAUGGCUAAUCAACAGCUGCUAUCCAAAAGCAGAAACGCGAGAAGGACGUGAACCAUGCAAAGCUUUGUUUGUUAUCUGCAUCCUAAUUUGCACCAGGUCCCAUUCACACAGACCUAGCCCUUUGCUUACUCUCUUGCAUUUACUACCAGUGGCAAAGCCCCAGAUUUAAGCUUUUCAUCAAUUGUGAUGGUAGAAAAGCAGGAAGUGAAGGUCUUUAAUCCGAAGACAACUGAAAUCAUUGUUCAACACCAAGUGGAAAUUUUGCAGAAACUUCCACAAGCAGGAUGGGCAGAAGAGGAUCCAAGAGAGAUUUUGCGUUCAGUUUUUGAAUGUGUUGAGAAAUCAUGUGAGAAAUUGAAGCAACAGAAGAUUGAUGUUUCCAGUAUUAAAGCAAUUGGAGUGAGCAAUCAGAGAGAAACAACAAUCUUAUGGGACAAAAAGACAGGACAACCGCUCUAUAAUGCAAUUUUGUGGCUUGAUCUCAGGACACAGUCAACUGUGGAAAAGCUGAUCAACAAUGCACCAAAUAAAGACAAAAAUAUUCUUCAGGAAAAAACUGGCCUACCAAUUAGCACCUAUUUCAGUGCUGUGAAAUUACGUUGGCUUCUAGAUAACGUGGAGAAAGUUAGGAAGGCUGUCGCAGAUGGUCGGGCUAUGUUUGGAACGGUUGAUUCUUGGCUUAUAUGGUGUUUGACAGGUGCACAUGAGGGUGGUGUUCAUUGUACAGAUGUGACCAAUGCUAGCAGAACUAUGCUGUUCAACAUCCAUACCUUGAAGUGGGAUCCUGAACUUUGUCAAUUCUUUGACAUUCCAAUGAGUAUUCUCCCAGAAGUGAGAAGUUCAUCAGAAAUUUACGGAUUAAUGAGAUGUGGGUCAUUAGCUCAAGUACCAAUUUCAGGUUGUUUAGGUGACCAACAUGCUGCUUUAGUUGGACAAAUGUGUUUUCAGCCGGGACAAUCAAAAAACACAUAUGGAACAGGUUGUUUCCUCCUUAGUAAUACAGGCGAGAAGCCUAUUAUAUCCAAACAUGGCCUUCUUACAACAUUAGCAUAUAAACUGGGCAAGAACAACCCUGCAAUCUAUGCACUAGAGGGAUCAGUUGCCAUAGGUGGUGCUUUGGUUCGCUGGCUUCGAGACAACCUUCAUAUCAUUACCACAGCAGAGGAAGUUGAGAAACUUGCUGCUUCUGUGGGUUCCUCCCAUGGUUGCUAUUUUGUGCCAGCAUUCUCAGGGUUAUACGCACCAUAUUGGGAUACUACUGCAAGAGGAAUAAUAUGUGGCAUUACCCAGUAUACAAAUAGAAAUCAUAUUGCAUUUGCUGCACUAGAAGCUGUUGCCUUUCAAACCCGUGAGCUUCUUGAGGCCAUGAAUAAAGAAUCUGGAAUCAAUCAGACCAGUCUCCAGGUGGAUGGAGGAAUGACUACUAACAAAAUAAUGAUGCAACUCCAAUCAGAUAUUCUUUGUAUACCAGUAGUAAAACCAGCUAUGGCAGAAACAACUGCUUUAGGUGCUGCUAUGGCAGCCGGUGCUGCAGAUGGUGUUGGCGUGUGGAGUCUAUCUCCUGAUGAUCUCUCAGCUGUAGCAUGGGAGACAUUUGAACCUCAGAUAGAACCUGCUGAAAGUAACCAACGUUUUGCUAAGUGGAAGCUAGCUGUUGAAAAAUCACGAGGCUGGGAAAAUACAGAAAAUGAUGGCAGUGGCACUGGAGAAUGCUGAUAGAAGCAACAUAACUGGAUAAAAAGAUACAGUGUAGUGCUUGAAAUGCUUGAGAAUUCUACAUUUAAAAAAUGAAUUACCAGCAUUAUUUCCUUAUUAAAAGUAUGCCUUGUGGUGUCUGGGCAUACAGCUUUAAUUGAAAGUGCCUUUUUCAGUAUGAUCACAACACAAUAAUAUAAGUACAUAUUUCAGAACACACAAAAAAUAAGUUAUUGAAAUAGGAAUUGCAAUGGAAAAUCAAAUGUGGUGAAGCAAAUUCAAAGAAACUCAUUAUGGAGUUACCAAAUGUACUGUCUAUUCUUUAACAUUCAGGAUUUGCAAUUUUGCACAUACAAACUGUGACUCUACUUCACUGACUGUUUUGGUGCCUGAUUCUUUCCAGAAGCUAUUGAUUAUAAUUGGAUUAAAUUGCAGCAGUAGAUUAUUUUCUUGAUUUGCUAAAGCACCCUUGCUGAAAAGGAUAAGGAAUAAGGAUAGCAUUAAAUGCCAGUUCAAUAAAAGGCCAGUUUGGAAGUAAGAAUAUGGAGAUACUCAGCAAUACCCACUUCCCACAAAUGAAUUUUUAAAAACUAGAUAGAAAGAUAGAAUGAGCAAGACAAAAGAAUAGUAUAGAUGCUGACUGUAAAAUUAAAGUAUAUCUUGAAAUUAUCUACAGGAUUAAUUUAAAGGCAGGAACAUGCUACCACAGUUACUUCUGAGACUAUUAAAAAGUAAUGUGAUUUGGAACAAAUUAAUUUUCUUUCAAAACGUCGAUAAAAAUCUUGUUAAUUGGCACAUAUAUAAUUAUUUCAAGUUAGUCUUUCUUAAUACAAAUUAAGCAUUUACUUUUGAGCAGAAUUGAAACAAUUUACUCAAUUGGGGGUUCUCAACUAGAUUUCUAUGGUAUGUAGGUUUCAAAGAAAAUCCUGUACAUCUUACAAAUAUCAAAAUCAUGCCAAUCAAAAUCCAAGUUGGGACAAAUGGCUGGGAUGCAUUUUCUAUGAAGGAAUGUCCAAUGAUUAUGUAUCAAAGCUGGCAGUUUCUCUGUAGUUGCACAGAUUUGGCUGAAGUGUAAAGAGAGAGCAUAAGGGAAGAGAGCAGAGGCAGUUGGUGUUGGAUACACAGACAGAGCGAUUGAUUGUGGGGCAUGUGUGGAUAUGGAACUUAAAACAUCAUGGCCAUGUUUGUAAAAUGGUUACUUAUGAUGUUUCAGAAGCAGAAAUUAGCAAAGGCUAAGCUUGUGCUGGAUGAUUAAAGCUAUUCCACAAAAUACCACAAUUUAUUUUAAGUGUGCAUGGAAUUUCUAUGUGCAACUGUGAUUUAACCCUGGUCAAGACAGACCUUGUCAUAAUUGCUGUGCAACUCAAUAGAUUCAGUCAUUGUUGCAGAUUUUGAAAUGUACUAUAUGACUUUAUAAUUCCAUAAGUGAAUUUGUAAGAGUGGGAGCAAUACAGUAGAUUAACUGUCUGCCCUGCAAUUGGAAAUUAAAAUUGUGAUCUGUCAUAUUUAUACAGUAUAUACAUUUUUGAAAAAUGCUUAUUUAGGUGCAAAGAACUUGCACAUUGGAAGGAUGAUUACAUGAGAUUUUUCUGGUUAGUCAGCAAAUGAAGAAGACAGAAUUGCAAUCCCAAAAAGGGAAAGACUGGAGGAUAACAGGUUGUAAAUAAAACAAAAAGUAAUAUAUAUUUUUAAUUUUUUAGAUUGAAAAAUAAUAAUUUCUUACAGGUGGAAUGUCUUAAUUCAGGGUUGGAGUUGAAUUGGGGGUAUAGGUGAUGUUCAGAAACACAAAGGUUUGAGGGACUCUGAACCAGAUAAUCCAAGUUAAUGACUUCUAAGUACUUGAGUGACUUUAAAAACAUGUUAACAACAAUCUGAUGGGUUUUAGAAAAUUGCACAUUUGGUUUCACCUUAUUUUCUCCAAACUUUAAUUAAAAGCAAUGGGAAAAGUCAUCAAAGUCUAUGCAAAGAGUUAAUUACCUUUUUUUUCAGGAUUCAGUCUUUUACUGUUAUAAACAGUUCAACAAACUAUAUUUGCAGGUCAUAUAAUGCCAGCAAAUUAGAAUUCUUUAAUCUCAACAGUGAACCUGAAAUCUAACAAAGACUCAAGAACAUUAAGUUAUAAUUAUGUGGUACAGAUUUAAUUUAUUUUGGAUUAUAGGACUUUUGAUCAAUUAUGGCAGAAGAUACAAUAAUAAUUGAUUUGUGAUGAAAUAUCAUACUUCUAAAAAUGCUCCCCACAAAGUGAAUAAAACAGUAAAUAUACAAAAUCUGAAAUACUUACCUGCUUCAAAACUUUACCUCUAACUGCAGGGAAUCAGAUAGCUCAUUUAGCUGGUUUGUGUUGAAGGGUGACAGCAACAGCAUGGGUUAAAUUCUCACAUCAGCUGAUGUCAUUGUGAAGGUUUCACUUUCUCCACCUCACCUAAGGUGACCCUCAGGUUAAACUCAUCACUGAUUGUCUCUUUCUAUGUGAGAGUAGCCCCGUGGACUUCUGGAAUAAUGACAAUUUUACCUUUACUUUUAUAUAUAACUGCACACUGCUGAAAAGCUUCAUGUUGGCAAUCAAUUGCACAGGUAAAAUUGUGUCUGAAUAAAAAUAUUAAAUAGCUGUUAGGCUGACACUGACUGAGCGGCCGUUUUAGAAUUCCAAUUGAAUCUGGAAUUGCCACAAACAGCAAAACCUAUGAGAACAAAGUAACUUUACUUCCUGCAGUCAUAAAGUAAUAGUGUAUGUGUUACCUAUAAAAUUAGUAUAGGUUUGAUGGGAAAAAUCCUUUGAUAUAUCUUGUCAGGUGCCAAAAAGGUAUGUGUCCUUUUCACCUCUCUGUGCUUCACGGUGCAAUUACAAAUCCAGUCAAACAGUAAGAUGCAUUUUUUUCUCAUUGUUUUUCAAACUUCUAGUGAGUGGUCAGAAGCUUCAAAUUUCAUCAACAGCAUUCUCAUGCCAGAACCCUAGCAUCACUUUAGAUUUAAAGAAUCCUGCUUGCUGGAAGUUGGAUCUUGGGAGAGUACAGUUCAUUAUAUAGUUAAAGAUUUACAUUUAGCCUUAUGACUUCACAACAAAUUAGAAAUGAAUUAAUCCAACUGAUGCUACUUCUCAGGAGUACAAGUUUGAUUUAAGAAUAUUUCAUUGAAUUUCCUUCUGGAAUUGCUUAAGCUACUAUAAAAUUAUCCAACAAUACCAGAGUCAGUACUCUACAUGCAUGAUAAGGUACUGUGCAACUGAGUCUCAUAAUUCAAGUGAACCUACAGUCAGGAUUAUCCAAUGAAUAUGGUAACUAUGAAUACAUAUGAAUGAUGCAGUGUUGAGAGGUGUGAAUUAGCAUGCUUUUUUCAAAACGCUUUAAAGGAAUGAAUAGAAUAGGGAUUACUCAAAACAAAAUAUUCAUUUAAAUUACCUAUUCUGAAAUAAACCUAAGUGAAAAUGGGGGAGAUUAAUUUUUAAAGAGGAAAAUGUAAUUAUUAGUUAAAAUAGUUACAUUGAUCUUAAAUGUUUAUUUGAGAUGCUGAUUUCAAUGUACAAAUAUUUUAUUUUAAGCUUGUAUUGAUUAAUUUCAUGAAAUAUUUAAUAAAAAUGUAGUUCUU